AUGCUGACAUACCGCAGAGCAUCGAAACGAAUGCCGACAAUUACUUUUACAAGCAGCAGAGAGGCAAAUUUGCUCGGAUUAGUAGCUUUAGCCAAAUUGACCUCAAAAUCUCAAUACAAGAACAUUGUUGCGAAAGAUCUGCUUCCGAGAUACGAAUUUGAGGAUACUGCGGAAAAAAGCGAAGGUACCAGAUCGGAGGCUGCUCCAUCCGUUCACCGAAUACUACUGAUGUAUACAACAGUUACACUAUUACGCUUCUGCAAGUUCAUUGGCGCUAUGAAGCAAAGAUGA